UGCACUUAGAGAGGAUGUGUUUCUUCAAUGAAGACAAAUGGGGCAGCUAGGCUGAAAAAGACAUAUGGCCAGCAGAUCAUUUGGUUUCCUAAACAGGGGCAAGAAAACACUCCUGUUAAUUUAGUGCCUGCAAAAUUUGGUCAGAAGUCCAGUUUUUUAUAGGAAAGGAGAUAUUUAUAUAUAUAUAUUGCUCAGUACAAUCUGUUUGGGCAACAUUGAGAAGUGUUUCUGCCCUGAACUGCUGAUAAAAGGGAUCUGGUCUCUGUAUGUCUUUUCUCAGAGAAGAAAUUUAAUACUGCAUCUUAUGUGGUUCCCCGCCCCCAACCUUGGGAAGAUUGAGGGACUUGGAAAUGGGUCCUGACAGCAACUUUAGCUAUAAUAAAUAAGAGUGAUUGGAAUAGAGCAGCCAUGGACGGGACUUCUCUGUAGCUGAACAGAAACAAACAGCAGUAGAAAGGAAAGCAGACUUUUUAUUUCCAGAAAACUUUGUAAAUUCAUCCUGAUGGAAGGAGAGGCAGCAGGGAGCUCAAUGCCAGCCAGCAAGAAACCAGCCAGCAGAAUUCUCCGAAUAGCCCUUGGUGUGUUUGUGAGCAGCACAGCCGUGCUUGGCACUGUACUUUUCCUGGUUAGUCAAGGUCUUAUCAAAUUUAACUCUAAACAGCAGUAUUGCUUGACUUCAGAAUGCAUUGAAGCUGCUGCAGCCAUCAAAAGCAAACUAAACACAUCUGUGGAUCCCUGUGACAAUUUUUUCCGGUUUGCCUGUGAAGGAUGGAUAGAAAAUAAUCCAAUUCCUGAAGAUUCCUCAAGUUAUGGCAUCUACCCUUGGUUGAGGCACAAUGUAGACCUCAAGUUAAAAGCUCUCCUUGAGAAACCCCUUAGCAAAAGGAGGGACAAUGAAGCAGUGCAAAAGGCUAAGAUACUUUAUUCUUCAUGUAUGAAUGAGAAUAAAAUAGAGAAAGCUGAUGCAAAACCGCUCUUAAACAUGCUGAAACAUUCUCCUUUCCGCUGGCCUGUGAUGGAAUCGAACAUUGGCUCUGAAGGAUUGUGGUCAGAAAGGAAGUUCAGCAUGCUCCAAACCCUGGCUACUCUUCGUGGCCAAUAUAGCAACUCUGUUUUCAUUCGACUAUAUGUGGCUUCUGAUGAUAAGAACUCUAAUGAGCACAUCAUAAAGCUAGACCAAGCAUCUCUUUCCCUAUCAGCACGGGAGGACUACUUGGACAACACCACAGAAGCUAAAUCUUACAGAGAUGCUCUGUGGCACUUCAUGGUUGAUACAGCUGUGCUUUUGGGUGCCAAUGCUUCACGUGCAGAGUUGGACAUGAAGUCUGUGCUUAAGCUGGAAGCCAAAAUAGCUGAGAUAAUGAUUCCCCAUGAGAAUCGAACCAGUGAAUCUAUGUACAACAAAAUGAACAUAUCGGAACUUAUCACCAUGAUACCACAGUUUGACUGGCUGGGUUACAUCAAGAAGGUGAUUGACACCAAGAUCUAUCCUCACCUCAAGGACAUAGAUGCUUCAGAAAAUGUGAUUGUCCGUGUACCCCAGUACUUCAAAGAUUUAUUCAGGAUACUAGAAAAUGAACGGAAGAAGACUAUUGCCAAUUAUUUAGUAUGGAGAAUGGUGUAUUCAAGAAUGUUUAGCCUCAGCCGACGUUUCCAAUAUAGGUGGCUGGAAUUUUCAAGGAUAAUUCACGGGACCUCCUCCUUACUGCCUCAAUGGGAUAAGUGUGUAAACGUUGUGGAAGGUGCUCUCCCUUACGUUGUCGGCAAAAUGUUUGUAGAUCUUCAUUUCCAAGAAGACAAGAGGGAAAUGAUGGAAGAGUUGACUGAAGGGGUUCGUUGGGCCUUUAUGGACAUGUUGGAAAAUGAAAACACUUGGAUGGAUUUGGAGACGAAGAAAAGAGCUAUUGAAAAGGCAAAAGCGGUUUUGGCUAAAGUGGGCUACCCAGAGUUUAUAAAGAAUGACACGUAUGUUAUUGAAGGCAUCAAAGCUAUGAAGUUUUCAGAAACGGACUAUUUUGGCAACAUACUUCAGACCCGCAAGGAUGCAGCACAGUCUGAUUUCUACUGGCUAAGAAAAGAAGUUCCAAAAACAGAGUGGUUUACCAGUCCAACUACUGUCAAUGCCUUUUAUAGUUCAACUACAAAUCAGAUCAGAUUCCCAGCAGGAGAACUCCAGAAACCCUUCUUUUGGGGAACAGAAUAUCCCAGGUCUUUAAGCUAUGGUGCCAUUGGGGUAAUUGUUGGGCAUGAGUUUACCCAUGGAUUUGAUAACAACGGUCAUAAAUAUGACAAGAAUGGAAAUUUGGAUCCCUGGUGGUCUUCAGACUCUGAAGAAAAAUUUAAGGAGAAAACCAAAUGCAUGAUUAAUCAGUAUAAUGGCUAUUAUUGGAAGAAAGCUGGCUUGAAUGUAAAAGGAAAGAGGACUUUGGCUGAAAACAUUGCAGAUAAUGGAGGAUUGCGAGAGGCUUUUAGGGCCUAUAGGAAGUGGAUCAAAGAAAAGAGACAAGGACAGGAAGAGGCCCUAUUACCAGGCAUUGACUUCACCCACAAUCAGCUCUUCUUUCUGAGUUAUGCUCACGUGAGAUGCAAUGCUUUUAGACCUGAAGCUGCGAGAGAACAAAUCUACACUGGAGUUCACAGUCCUCCUCAUUUCAGAGUUAUCGGUGCUAUGAGCAACUUUGAGGAGUUCCGGAAAGCUUUCAGCUGCCCAGAAAACACUACAAUGAAUCGAGGCUCAGCUUCUUGUCGGCUUUGGUAGCUCUUCCUCUGUACUCCUGCACUGAAAUCACUCUCUCAUUCAAAUGGUUCCAAACUCUUAAUGGAGAUCCUGCUGUGACUAAACUGUGGACCAGACAUGUUUUUUUAGUGUGUCUUGUCAUCUGGAUGUUGACCUGCACAGAUCUAAUCUCUACCUGCUUGUUCAAGAUAUAGAAAAUAUUUAAAAUAUAGAACAUAAAAAGGACAGGCUUUAUUGAAGAAGUAUUUGGAAAUGGGUUGUUUCUUUUGGAUUAUUUUAUUCUAAUCUAUGAUUUAUAGCCUAAUAGCUAUAUAUAUGUUUACUCAAAAUUAAGUCCCACUGUGUUCAAUGGUCCUUUGUCAAAGUCCGUGCCAUAGGAUUGCAGGCUUAAGCUAGUAAGAUUUACUUGGUAUACUUCUGCUUUGCAGAAGACAGAAAUGAAGCCAGUCUUUGUCCAGUGACCACAAUGCUCAAUUUAAAUUAGUCAAUUACACACACUCCCAGACCCACAAUAUCCCUCCCCCUCCCUUCCAAACUAGACCUGAAAUUUACUUGCAUACAGUAUAUCUUUUCCACAACUACUUUUUUUAGAUCAAAAGCAGUCUCAGCAGGCUAUGAAUAUGAAUGGGGCAAGGGUGGGAUGCUUCCUUUCUCCUUCAGCUGUUGUCCUGUUUAGGGGUGUAGUGAGACAUUUUUCAUUGGGGAUGAAGAGACAAACACUAGAGCAGGGGUGGGGAACCUUGGCCCUCCAGCUGUUUUUGAA